AACACUGUCUCAUCAUUUCCAGCAUGUUUGUACUGACGUGUUAAUGUUUAACUACAAAUAUUGCAAGGAAAAACCCUGCCACGCCUUGACUUUCGAUUUGAAUAGCAGCAGGAGCUCUGAAAAUCAGGGGAACUGGCACUUUGAAUAGUGAUUGUUUUUAAAAUGUAUUCACUCCAGAUCAGAGUAACCUGAAAUCAUUUUUAUUUGAUUAUAUAUAUUUAUUUUCUUUUUGGAAAUUUAAAUUUACCUCUGUUUUUUAAUAAUGCCUGGAAACACUCCAGAACAGAUACCUAUUGGUCCCAUAAAUGGGAAUGAGCCAGACGUGAAACAACCCUUCCUUGGUACUAAUACGGAGCAAAAGCAAAAGAAAACAAAAUGUACUGAAGAAAUAUGGAGGAAAUAUAAACUGCCCAUUGUACUUAUUGGCAUUUUUCUCUUGCUCUGUCUAGUAAUAAUAAUUAGCCUGGUUGUCUACAAAUAUAAUUAUGUAGAUGAAGAUGAAUAUCAAGAUGUAGUGUUAAAUAUGGAAAAAAGCAUGUACACAUUCACAGGAUCCCUCACCAUUAAGGACAGUUGUGUGGAACCACUGAGAAUAAAUGAAGCGACUCUUCAGCAAAGGAUUGAAAAAGUAUAUUCAGUGUCUCCUGCUUUACGCCCCUAUUUUGUUUCUGCAGAAGUCAACGACUUGCUAAUUGGUGAAAACACUUCAGUGAUUUUAAAACUCAACUUUUCCAUGCCUUCAGCAAACCAGAAUGAAAGGAAGAAUAAAAUGAGUAAAGAAUUUGUAGGAGGUAUUUUACGACAGGAUAUCUAUGAUGAAGAAAAAUCACAAUGCCAGAAUUCCAGUGUAUUCCUGGAUCCAUUUCAUGUAACAUUAGCAGAUUAACAUUCCCAUAAAGGGUGUCACUAAUUGGAGUGCAUUCACAUAUCUGCAUACUAAACCCAUAGUGAGGCAGUAAGGAAGCAAGUUCAAGAAUCGCAAGGACAACGCGUAUGUUUGGAUUAAAUUUAUAGUACAACACUCUCACAGUUGUUGGUUUGAAAGUAUCUACAGCGUGGAUUAUUAAAAUCAGUGCAUCUCCUGCCUCUACAUUGUCUGCAAUGAUGAACAAUCUUGGCCUAAGCUUUUAUGCUUUAUUUGUUACUUUUAAAAAAAGGCAAAUCCACUUUUCCUACUCAUCAAAUCAGUCAGUGCUGAAUAGGACACGUUUGUUUGGGCAGCGACAACCUGGGGAACCAAGAGAAGCCAAGAAAAGAAAUGCUAGACAAUAUAUUUUGCUUAUUAAUAUACUUCCAAUAGACUGAUGCACAUCAGGAAUUAAUGAACUAAUUGUCACAAGUUAUAAGAAGUACUGAUUAGUCAACAGAUGCAUUAUCACUUUUACACUUAUGUUAGAUAUGUUGUAAAUUAAACAAAUGUCUUUUUUCAUACAUGCUGCACUUAGGGAGAGUUUAUGUACAUUAUGGUAUUUUAUUUUAUAAAUAUAAGCAGCCCAACGCGGUUGUAUGCAUUUGGUUAAUUGAUCUGUCUAGCAAUGACUAACAGUGGAACAAUGGGUAUUUCUUACAGCAUCCGUAAAACUAAUGUUCCCUCUAAACUGUGCACAUGCACACAAAUUUUAAGGCCAGUGCACACAACAAAUUGUGGUGCAUACAAAGAAUUUUGAGUGAAAAUCCAAGUCUUGCAUUAAUUCUGACCUGAGUGCUUAAAACUGUAAAAUGUGAUCACAAAAUAAUUUUUUUGCACACAUAGACAAGAAGGAAUUAGAGAGAACAUUGAUUUUAAAUGUAAAUGCCUGGAGCCGUAAAAUAUGCUGUAAACAGUGUAUUUGUAAGGAAACAUUAAAGAGGUUGUUCACCUUCAAAAUA